ACACUCAUUGGUGUUUGUGUGCGGUUAAAGCUGGGAGUGGUGAGAUGGGUAAACUCGCCGACAGAGCGCACCUCACCUGAGCUGGCACCUUUCAGGUAAUCGGCUGGGAAGCGAGGACGGCUGAAGCUGACUGGAUGGGAAUCCUUCGCUAGGAACCACUAAAGAAAGUGAGACCUUCGUAUGAGUUCUGCUUUGUAGACGUCAAAUACACCAGCAUGAGUGAACACUUGCGUGAAGGCCUCAGUGGGUCCUCAUCCUCAGACCUACGGCUCCUUCUCUUGGGGAACAUCGGGUGCGGGAAGACGUCGUCGGCGGACACCAUCCUGGGUCAGCUGUCUGCCGUCUCUCCCAGCUCCUCCAGGAGUUGCGCACUGCGCGAGGGCUUCGCCGAGGGCAGGCGCGUGACCCUCGUGGAGGCGCCGAGAUGGUACUGGGAUGGUACCAAGAUGAUAGACGGCGUCAGAAAGGAGACGGAGCGGGCCAUGACCCUGCUGGCACCGGGCCCGCAUGCUGUUCUGCUGCUCGUGCCCGUGUGCCAGUUCACGGAGAUGGAGGGUCGAGUGCCUGCAGAGCUGGAGAAGUUGUUUGGAACGGAGGUGCUGGAUCAUACCCUGGUGCUAUUGACAUGUGGAGACUACUUGAUGAGACAAACAGUGGAGGAGUACCUGCAGACCGAACACUCAGGCCUGAGGGAGGUCAUCGAUCGCUGCGGGGGGAGGUACCACGUCUUUAACAACCGCCAGCGGCGGGACAAGGAGCAGGUUCAGGAGCUGCUGGAGAAGGUGGAUCACAUGGUGCAGAGAAACGGGGUAUACUGCAAGAAAACACCAGAGGACGAAGAGCUGGAGAGACGGGUGCUAGAGCGAAAGCGAGAGCUGAUGGAGAGCUUCAGAGCUCAGAAGGAGGAGAAACCAAAGCCAGUGGUGGUGAAGAGCAUCCCAAACACAGACAUCGCCGACAGAGGAGGGUUCAUCAGCACUUCAGAGAGAAGAAGAGAGUACAAGGACGAUAUAGAUGGAAUGGUGGCUGAGGCUCGAGUUUCUAACGGGCUUUAUUCAACUCCAGCACCUGAGCAGCCCUCACAUUCAGAGCCACGGGACGACAGGCAGUUAACCAGGACACCCAGUUUCAGACUGAAUGAAGAUGGAGCCAUCCUCUCAAAGAUUUCUGAGACUCAAUCAAAGCCUAAACUGAUCUCCACUUUUCAUCACAGAAUCAACAGCUUUGAGGAAACUUCCCCUGAGCCGUCGCCCGUCCCAUUCACCUCCUCAACAAACAUGAAGCAGUCCUAUUCACCUCCUCAUUCGCCCGUCUUCUCCUCGCCCCAACACGCCAUUCAAACCUUCACCGCCUCGCCUUCGUCGGUAUCCCAGUCCUCCUCGCCCCUUGCAUCCCCGUCUCCGCCGUCCUCCCCCCCUGAGCUUCGUCUGGUCUUGAUUGGUCGAUCCGGGGGAGGGAAGAGCGCUGCUGGCAACUGCAUCCUGGGACAGGAGGUGUUUGAGUCCCAUUCCGAGAGCUUCACAGCCGUCACUCAGAAGUGUGACAAAAAGAAGGCAAUGGUGGAAGGAAGAAGGGUGUCGGUGGUGGACACGCCGGAUUGGUUCAACUCGGAGCAGACUCCGGAUGAAGUGCGGGCUCAGAUCUCUUCGUGCGUCGCGCUGUCCAGUCCCGGCCCUCACGCCUUCCUCCUGUGCGUCCCGCUAGACCAGCCGGCGAAGACCGAACUGCAGGCCCUCAGAGCACUCGGGACGGUUUUUGGCCCCGAGGCGGUCCAGAAGCACACCGUGGUCCUCUUUACGUAUGUGGAUCGGCUGAGGGCCAGCGGGAAAGCAGAAGGCAAGAGCGCCGAGGAAUACAUCGCCAGCCAAAGAGGGGAUUUGGUAGAGCUGGUGGAAAAAUGCAGAGACAGGUUUCACGUGUUGGAGAAGGGAGGAGGGAGGAGGCAGAAGCAGAAUGUGGCAGAGCUGCUAGACAAGGUGGAGCAGACGGUGAAGGAAGCUGGAGGACAGUGUUAUUCUAGUCCGGCCUUUCAGGAGGCGGAGGACAGAGUGAGGCAGAGACAGCUGGAGAUAGCAAGGGAACGGAAGGGCGUACAGCCUGCGCUAGCAGCAGCGGACGCUGGGCGGCUCAGCACCAUGAGGCAGCCUCUGGAGCAAAUAAACGAAGAGAUGACAGAGGAUGAGAUUAAGGACACAAGGGAUGAGGCAGAGAGGAGCGUAAGCAACACAAGUAUAGAGAGCCUUCCGCCUGUUACUCUUUCCUCUGUGUCGCCCUCACUUCUCAGUUCUAUGAUGGAGAGGAUGGAGUCCAGUGCCAAGAUGUUACCCAAGCUGUUGGCGACCAGCUCGGCGUGGGUAGGCGAGGGCGCAAAGCAGUUGAAGAGUAGUCCGGUGUGGGGAAAAGUUGGCAGCGGCGCCCAGAAUGUCCAAAAGAUGGUUGCGGACAGCGGCGUGUGGGAAAAGGUGGGAGCCACCGCGGGGCAAGUGUCCCAAGCUGUGGGGAAAAGGGUUCCCCAAAAGGUUGUGGACGGCUCUGCGUGGGUGGGAUCUGGCGCAAAAGCGGUGACGGCAAGUCCGAUGUGGGAAAAAGUGGGUUCAGGGGCCAAGCUGAUGGCCGACAGCUCGAAGCGCGUCGGAGCUGGGAUCGGAACCGGAGCGAAGAAUCUGGCCAGCAGCCCCGUGUGGGGGAAGGUGGGGGAAAGGGCCAUAACUGGAGCUAAACUGAUGGCAGAUGGUUCUGUGAAGGUGGGAGCCGGGAUCGGUGCUGGUGCAAAGAAAAUGGCACAGAGUCCCGUGUGGGGGAAGAUGGGUUCCGGAGUAAAGGCGGGGGCCAAAAGGGUGUCUGAGAGCUCAGUGUGGGAAAAAAUGGGGAAUGCUGCCAAACAGGUGCCGAAGACGGUCAUCCUGGGUGCGGUUCUGGGUCUGGUGCUCGGUGUGAUUUUGGCAGGUCUGAUUGGUGGGGCUGUUGGGACAGCUGCAGGAUCCGCUGUCAGUGAGGUGGCCCGGCGAAAAUUCAGCAAGAAAAACACAUUGGAUGGAACAGGAAGCUCUGAGAUAUCAGUGAACAACAGCAUUGAUGGCAGGAAACUCAUGAAAACAGAGUAAAGGACUAAAAUGGAUCAGUCAUGCCAAAUUUAAAACCAAUAUAAAACACUUUUUUCUGUUGCGAUCAUACUAUCACUAACUAAAUAUUGUGUCAUCAAUACUUUUUGACACCAGUACUUUUCCCCCCAUUUUUAUUUGUUUUCAGAUAAUGGAUUGUUCAAGUUUAUCCCACUUUUUGUACAUAGAAAAACAUGAUCAUUUAGGAGGAGUUUUGUUCAUGAAAAUAAAAAUUGACACAUCUAUAUAGAAUGAGGUUUACUUAAAAGGAAUUGCUGUUGCAAAUGAAUAUUUGUGUGAUUCUCAUAUCAACAUUAAUGGUACAUUUUGUCAAUUUUUGGGACUGAAAUAAAAAUCUUCUAUUUACA